AUGGUUUAUGACAGUGAGAGCCACAGACUUUACACUGUAGUAAGCUCUGGGACAGAGCAGAAAGACAAUUCAGCCACUUAUCCAACACACUACAGUGAAACGCUCUUAAGAGUUAGAGCAGGCAUCAAAGGCCACAAGGCCUACCCAAGCAAGACAGUCCUUGUGAAGUGGGUUUAUAAUGGCUAUCACCUGGCAGGUAAUAAUCCAGAAGAGAAACAAAUGAAUCAUCAUUUUCAUAUACAAAGCAAGCAGGUGUUACUUGGCAAGCUGCCAAGAACUGCUGUAUCCGUUGCACAUACUUCUGCUAUAAACUCCCUUGUUUGCAAAGGAUCAAUGCAAAUUUAUUCACGGUCAGUCCAGGGGAGCGGUGCUGGGCGUGCAGGCCCAAGCCUGCCUCCAGGGCGCAGCCUCCGCACCACCACACCCCUUCUUGCCCUGGCCCUGGGGGCUGAGGGUCAGCGCUUCCUGAGGACGCUGCAAGCUCUGCUCUCCCCGCGUAAAUUGACAGACAGACAUGAAUGGAUAACAACAGAAAAAUGCCUGCCUGAAGCUGGGACCACACUGAACGAACAAGAUGAGUGUGGUGCAUUGGAAUGUGUGAAAGCUGCUAGUGAACUCUAUUCUCCUCCAGCAGGAGAAGUAACUGAAAUUAAUGAAGCUCUUGAGGAAAAUCCAGCACUUGUCAACAAAUUUUGCUAUCAAGAUGUAAAGAUCCCACUUUCCAAAAUGAAGGACCUAAUACUGAUCUUUUGCCUCCUGGAAAUGAGUUCCGCAGUGCCGAUGUUUCCUCAGCAACCUGGAACACCAGGCAUGGCUAGCUUGAGCCUGGAGACAAUGAGACAGUUGGGAAGUUUGCAGGGAUUAAAUAUGCUUUCUCAGUAUUCAAGAUUUGGUUUUGGAAAGUCAUUUAAUUCUUUGUGGAUGCAUGGUCUCCUGCCACCACAUUCUUCUUUCCCAUGGAUGAGACCAAGAGAGCAUGAAACUCAACAGUAUGAAUAUUCUUUGCCUGUACAUCCCCCACCUCUCCCAUCGCAGCCAUCCCUGCAGCCUCAACAGCCAGGACAGAAACCUUUCCUCCAGCCUACUAUUGUAACCGCCAUCCAGGACGCAGCCCAGAAGGGAGGACCUCACCCUCCAGUUUACCAGGGACAACCGCCCUUGCAGCAAGCAGAGGGGCCAAUGCUUGAACAGCAGGUGGCACCAUCAGAUAAGCCACCAAAGGCCGAGCUACCAGGAAUGGAUUUUGCUGAUCCACAAGGCCCAUCAGUGUUCCAAAUAGCUCGUUUGAUAUCUCGGGGACCAAUGCCACAAAAUAAACCUUCUCCACUUUAUCCAGGAAUAUUUUACAUGUCCUAUGGAGCAAAUCAAUUGAAUGCUCCUGCCAGACUUGGCAUCAUGAGCUCAGAAGAAAUGGCGGGAGGCAGAGGAGGCCCCAUGGCCUAUGGAGCCAUGUUCCCAGGAUUUGGAGGCAUGAGGCCUAACCUUGGCGGGAUACCCCACAAUCCAGCCAUGGGUGGGGAUUUUACUCUGGAAUUUGACACCCCAGUCGCCGGAACCAAAGGCCCUGAGAAGGGCGAAGGAGGUGCACAAGGCUCCCCCAGGCCGGAUGUCAACCCGGCCGAUCCGGAAAACCCAGCUCUCCUUCCAGAGGUAGCACCUGGUGCCCUGGGAGGGCUUCUUGCUCACCCAAAGGGCAACGACCCCAGCCUGGCAAGAGGUCCUGCAGGGCAGAGUGGGGGACCCCCCAGGGUCACCCCAGCAGAAGCUGACCCACUGAUGACCCCUGGAUUAGCAGAUAUUUAUGAGACCUAUGGUGCCGACGUGACCACACCCCUGGAAGAAACGCCCACAGAUACCACAGCCAUCCCAGACACUCAGCAAACAUCCAUGCCAGAAAACAAGGCCCAGCAGCCCCAGAUCAUGCAUGAUGUGUGGCAUUUCCAAGAGCCCUGAGAGCUUUGAGAUUAUCAGCUACUUUCUGUAUGCACAAGCUCCCCAGCUUUGUCCCUAUAGUAUAUCUCUUUACUGAAACACUUACUACCCUGCCGCAGCAAAGGCGUUAAAAAUGCUGAGCAUAUAUUAAUAAAUACAAGUGGCUAGAAAUAGUGUAGGUCCCCUUCUUGCUUUCAUUCUCUUAUUGAAAUAAAAUGUGUUGGCUUUCUCUGUGAUUUAGAAAUUCUAUUAAUGACAUCAGAGCAAGUUUAAGGGUCUCUGCAUGUGAAAAUCGCUGUUUCUUAGCUGUCUUGGGCACUAUAGAAUUUCUCUCUCCAGCAUGACAGUCAUAUCCAGGAAAUGCAACAUUGCUUUGGAAAUUUUUCUCCAAGCAAAGGCACAUAUUCUCAGAAUUAUGAGAGACACCAUUCAAACAUUAUUAAACAGGGAUGGGUGAACAAUCCCUGACUGGUAUUACUGGGUUUGGUAAUAUUGGAUUUAAAAUUCUCAUUGUAGAGUA